CUAUUGGCAUCUGAGGAUAUGGAUGCGGGAGUGGGCGAGAUUCGUGGCCUGACACACGAAGAGGGUGGUGGGGCACCACCCAGAGCCGGCUCACGAUGGGCACGACCAUAUUCAGCGUAUCAUCAUCAUUGA